GGCCGGGGCCGGGCGGUGCGGGGGUGCCGUCCCGGGCCCCGCCGGUUGUUCGCGACCAAUCGGCGCCGCGCACUCCCCGCCCCGCUCGCCCCAUGUGCAGAAAUAGCCCCGCCGCGACCGGCAGCGCCUUUCCGCGGGCGAGCGGGGCGGGCGAGCGGGGCGGGCGAGCAGCGGAGCAUCGCGGAGCGGCGCGGCGCGGCGGGGCCGUCCCGUCCCGUCCGGUCCCGUCCCGCCGCGGCCCGGGGUGCGGGCGGAUGGCCCCGCGGCGGGCGCAGCGGCCGGGCCCCGCGGCGGGCGGGCGGUGAUCGGUGCCCCGCGGGAGCGCGGCCGCGGAUGCCCCCCCCGGGCGCGGGCGGUGCGGGCAGCGGCGGGGCUCGGCGCGGGGCCCGCCGCACCCCUCCGGUCCCCCGGGCCCCGGCGGCCGGGCGGGAGGCGGCGGUGAGCCCGGACAUGGGUGUUUCUCUCCGGGAAGCGCUGCCCCGUGGCCUGUUGGUACCUGCGGACGGGCGCCCGGCGGAAAGUACCUUUUUCUCAUGAACGGUUCUAGCUCCUCGCCCCAGGCUCUCGCCAUGGACACUCUGAAAACCACCUAUAUCGUGCUGGAACUGAUCAUCGCGGUGCUGUCUAUCGCCGGCAACGUCCUCGUCUGCUGGGCUGUGGCCAUCAACAGCACCCUGAAGAACGCGACCAACUAUUUCCUGGUGUCCCUGGCGGUGGCCGACAUUGCCGUGGGUUUGUUAGCCAUCCCUUUCGCCAUCACCAUCAGCAUCGGAUUCCACGUGGAUUUUCACAGCUGCCUCUUCUUCGCCUGCUUCGUGCUGGUGCUGACCCAAAGCUCCAUUUUCAGCUUGCUGGCCGUGGCCAUCGACAGGUACCUGGCUAUUAAGAUCCCACUGAGGUAUAAUAGUCUGGUGACUGGCAAGCGGGCGAGAGGCCUCAUCGCUGUGCUGUGGCUCCUGUCCUUUGGAAUUGGACUGACUCCGCUUAUGGGCUGGAAUAAAGCCAUGCGCGGUUGUCCCAACACCACCAACAAGACAGGGGCUGACACCGGGACAGAGCACAACGGCUGCUUCAUCCAGUGCCUCUUUGAGAAUGUGGUAACGAUGAGCUACAUGGUUUAUUUUAACUUCUUUGGCUGCGUGCUGCUUCCGCUCAUUAUCAUGCUGGGGAUCUACAUUAAGAUAUUCAUAGUCGCCUGCAAACAGCUGCAUCAGAUCGAACUGAUGGGCAACUCCAGGACCACACUGCAGAAGGAGGUCCAUGCAGCCAAGUCUCUGGCCAUCAUUGUAGGAUUUUUUGCCUUCUGUUGGCUGCCCCUGCAUAUCUUGAACUGCAUCACUUACUUCCACAAAAACUUCAUCACAUACAAGCCUGAGUGGCUGAUGUAUAUGGCCAUCAUCCUCUCCCACGCCAACUCCGUCGUCAACCCCAUCAUCUACGCCUACAGGAUCAGGGACUUCCGCUACACCUUCCGCAAGAUCAUUUCCAAGAUCCUCUGUAAGACGGAUGACUUCCCCAAGUGCACCACUGACAACAACCAGCACCUGACUGUCACCAACAUUAACUGCCCAGUAGCCUCUGUGACCAUAUGACCGUGCAUGUCCUGCUCCUGACACUACCCUUCCCUGUGCCUACGUGAACAGUUACAGCUGACUCCUAGAGGAGUGCUCAGAGAUGACCGCUAUGCAGUUACGCAGCUGUAUUUUUUUUUUUUUUACUUUUGUAAUUAACAUAGUGCCUCCUAGAGGAAUAACCCGACCGGGGAGACUGAGUGCAGCUCAGCCUCGACUGUAAACCCAGGUUGCGUGAGUGCUGGCAGUUGUAUUUCCUUUCCAGGUCAGACAUUGACUGUGGAAGACCCACCUGCUGGGGGGUGUUUCCCCAAUUGUGCUGCUCAUGUCAAGUCCUAGGAUCUGUAUUUUAAUUAUUAUUAUUAUUUUUUUAAUCUUCUGAUUCAUUUAGGAGUAAUAAUUUUGUGUCUGGUUUGGGGUUGUUCUUUAAGUCCAUACUUGACGGCACUUUGGUAAUACCCUAACUAUUCCAUCAAUUGUUUGAUGCAGCUAGUAUUCUCCGAUGGGAAAAAAAGUCUUACUUAGCCCAGUUGCUGGUGUGAAACUGACUCUCUGUGUUCUUGGCUCCGAGAGACACUACUGUGUUGAUGGGAAAACAAGAUCAGAACCGGCCAGUUAUUUUUGGCCCCAGUAUGGAAGCCCUACUUACUGAAAGAGAAAAAUUUUAGAAAAGAGUUGACUGAAGUUUUAGAACGGCGGUUUCAUGGCCUUUAAAUCACUUUGGUCUACAGGAUUAUGCAGACUAGUGCUUCAGGUUUGAUUUCAAACCUGUUUCCUGCUCUCAAAAGGGAGAAGUGCCCUGGUAGUCCUAGCUAGUCUGAUCCAGGGUUGCUGAGGUUGGUGCAAACGCUCCCUUGGUGACACAAUCUCUACAAUUAGGCUUUUUCACUCCCAAGUCAAAACUUGACAGCCUUGCAGUGCUUCCAGAAGGGCAGGUUUUAGCUGUGAUAGCUGGAGGCUGCAGCUCACCUGAUUCCUAAAACUUGGUCUUGCUGGGGUUCCUCUGCAGCCCAGUAACCCCCACAAGCUGUGAGUGCUAUUUUUUUUAUUAAUAGUGAUUUUUAUUUUUUUAUUCUUUUUUAAUCCUGACCUGCAUCAGUAGCAAAAGAGACCGGAAGGGAGCUAAUUUGCUAAUUUGCGUUUGCUAGAAUGCCUUGGCCCACGACCUGCUUUUGGCCAAGCUCUUUGGGGAAGAAGCCCACCGCGCGAUUGCCCGGCCUGGCCUCGGCCGCUAGCCACGGAGCCCGUUUGUGAGGACAAAGCCCACUCAACAGCAGAGCAGUCUUAAUUUGUACUGCACGUUAAUAACCCUCUGCAACUACAGCUCAUUAAUUACUGCACCUGAUCUCGUAUGUAAUUGUGAUAUGCAAGACCAGAUAAAGGUAUUAAAAGCA